GUUCUCACUUUCUGUACACCCACACGCAAGUUGAGGUUCGGAUACUGAUCCAUAUAAUGUGAAUCUUCUCUUUCAGUCAUAAUACAUAUCGUACUGUCCAGGUAAAUUCAAGGCACAUUCUAGUCUGCCUGUCUAAUAAAACAAGGCUCAACGCGUACAUUGAGUUUCACCAGAUUCGCAAUCAUCUACAUAAGUCGCCUGCUUCGCUCCCUCCGGCAGAUCAUAUUGCCAAACCAUUCAAUCAGCAACGACAACGCCAGUUCUCGGCCGAUCCAUAAGAUAGCGAACAUGGCUGAAAUACUACAACAGAAACCUAGUGCUUUCUCAGCACAGGCUUCAGCUUCUGCAGCCCAGCAAAUUCUAAAUCACAAAGCUCCAGCAUACAAGUUUUCGUUCACACCUUUUCUAUUUAACAACUAUCGCAUGGGUAUUUCGCCCGAUCGGCCUACGUGUAAAGCAUACCUUCAAGGGCACUGUCCUCUUGGUACUAAUUGCCCUGAUAAGCAUGCUGCCAAUCCCAACAACUCGUGGAAUUUCAACAAUAUGGUUUGCAAACAUUGGCUGAGGGGCCUUUGCAAAAAAGGUGAAACCUGUGAGUUUCUUCACGAGUUCAACUUGAGGAAGAUGCCGGAAUGCAACUUCUUUGUAAAGAACGGGUAUUGCUCUAAUGGAGACGAGUGUCUUUAUUUACAUGUUGAUCCGGCCUCAAAAAUGGGAAAUUGUCCGCACUAUGAUAAGGGAUUUUGUCCCUUGGGUCCUAGGUGCUCCAAAAAGCACAUUCGCAAAGCAUUGUGCGAAUUCUACCUAGCAGGAUUUUGUCCAGAUGGACCCAAAUGUAAAAAGGCUCAUCCCAGAUGGCCUUCUGACUUACCGAAGCCAACUAUCAAGGUCGAGAGGGAUCCAGAAGAAGUUGCCGAAGAACAAGCGAGAAUCAGAGAAAAUGCAGAGAGAGAAGCGGACAGAGAAAGAGGAUUUGGAGAAGGACGACCUAGACAAAGAUGGAGGGGUGGUUUUAGCUAUCGUGGAAGGGGAGGUGGAGGCGAAAGGGGUCAACGUGGGCGCGGACAUUAAAGAUAUGCGAUGCGAAACCAAAUCUCAAUUCAUAUGCAGCUCAUGAGGGGAACCCUGAUGAACCACAAUUAUGGGGUCUCGAGCUAUUUUUCACCAGGACAAAUUACUCCGUACUAUAGACUUCCACGUUGUGGGUUACACAGGCCUUCCACUCCAUACCCAUCAAAAUUAUAUCGACCUCGUUGGCCAUCUCACCGCUACUAACAAAGAAAACGGGUCUGUCAUGCAAGGCAAGCCCCAUCCUUCCCGCAACAUAUGCAUGAAAGCCAUCUUCAUCACAACAAGGCUGAGACACGACUAAAAAGCUGGACACUACCAGCCACUUUCUGAACAGGGUACCGAGCGAUUCAGCCAAUAGAGCGAGCUGCGUCAUGCAAACAUUCCCCAAAGUGGAAAAGCUCAAUGGCUUAGUGUUGAUCAAUUCCCUUCCUGUCAUCUGUAUUUCUACAUGGGAUGAUUAUCUCAACCACAUCGGUCUGGAACAUCGUGAUGUUCCCAGGCACGGGGACGGCCUGGCUUGGAUCAUAACGAAUAUCAAGCCUGUUUCAUGCCGAAUUUAGACUUACCAAUAGCGCAAUGCAAAUUAUAUUCCAUGAAUUAAGAACUGGCAUGGGUUUUUGUUGGAGCCAGUACUAUCGAGGAGAAGUAUGCGAUGGAAGAGAUAAAUAACACUCCA